UGCCCGACCUCCGUGCGCGUCUGUUGCAUAAUAAAUGGGGACAAGUGGACCAGUAGCCGAAGCCUUUUAUCUGUAUGCAGUCAUUAGUUGAAAACGUCUAAGUGCAGUACCUCGAAAGUUAGUAUUGUCUGAUAUUAAAGCUGGGAUACUGCCCGGGAGCAAGUUGACCGCUUAUCUGUGCGCAAGACCCUGAAAAAUAUAUAGCCUGUUUGCAACUAAGGGUGUGAGCCACUGUGCUAGUCCCUCCACCUCCAUCCCUCCAUAGAAGUAAUCCUGGUUCAAAAUCCACAAGGUAAAGAAGAAUGGCCAUUGAAGCCUGAGUUGGACUAAGAUUACAAAGAAAAGGAGGACAGAAUAAGAAAUAAUGUCAUACAGCAACAGAGAACUGGUGAUGGACUACAUAAGGUAUAAACUGUCCCAGAGGAACUACAAUGGCCACUUUGGACUUCCUGAGGACAGGGAUCGGACAGAGGGCUCGGGUCAGGCCGAUGGGAGCGAAGGGGGUAUGGCGACAGGAACUUACGUCAAUGGGUUGGUCAUUGCUGGCGGGGCCGGCAGCCAGGUGUCCCCAGUGCCUGAGCAGCCACUCCCUUCCCCAUUCCCCUCUCCACAAGGCCUGGAGGCGGUGAAGGAAGCAUUGCGGGAUUCUGCCAACGAGUUUGAGCUACGCUACAGCCGCGCCUUCAGCGACCUCUCCUCCCAGCUUCACAUCACGCCCUCCACGGCCUACCAGAGCUUUGAGAGUGUAAUGAACGAGGUGUUCCGCGAUGGCGUCAACUGGGGCCGCAUCGUGGGCCUCUUCGCAUUUGGCGGGGCCGUGUGCGUUGAGUGUGUGGAGAAGGAGAUGGGCCACCUGGUGGAUCGUAUUGUUGACUGGAUGACCGUUUACCUGGACAACAACAUCCAGCCCUGGAUUCAGCAGCAGGGAGGAUGGGACCGGUUUGCUGAAAUCUUUGGGAAGGACGCAGCAGCUGAGAGCAGGAGGUCCCAAGAGAACUUCAAAAAGUGGCUGUUAGCUGGGAUGACGCUCAUCACUGGAGUUGUUGUGGGCUCUCUCAUUGCUCAGAAGCGCCUGUGAGAGACAGUCAGCACCACCACCCAGACACCCCAUCUAACAUGAAGGAAUUUGCCAAGUAUUGUCCUGUUUACGUAUUUCUCCUGCAGCCUCAUGCACUGAGGACUAACUCAAUGAUCAGAUUACACAAGGUGAACUCAUCUGAGUAGUCGUCCAUCAGCAUCUUCAGAUCAUCACCAGAUUUCCUAUAACUACAGUCCACGUCAUUGAUAUAUACAUCAAUGGAAUCAAAUUAAAAAGAAAAAAACAUAUUUGGGCAAAAUGAUUUCUUCUUUUCUUUCCCCUUUGCUCAAUUGUUGGUUCUAUAAAAGUUCUAUAUGUUUUGCCAUAUUCAAAGAAUGGAAAACUAAUCAAAACGAAAAAAUAAAAGUUGGUGGUGUCAGAGA